AUGCUGCUUUUGAAGUAUCACAAAUUACGAAUUGGUACAGAACGCUUCCUUUAUGUUGUUGCAGGUUCCUUAGCGAGUUUCUCCAGCAUGCUCAACAACAGCAUAGAAAGCACCCUGACCGAAGAAUCGUUCUUUGUGUCUGAAAGACCACAUCGGGCAUAUGGAACAGUAGGCAUUAUCGUCAUUGUACUUAUAACUGGCUGCUUUAGCCUGCUAACUGUCCUGGGUAACCUGCUGGUUCUGCUAUCAAUCAAAGUCAACCGCAAUCUUAGAACCAUCAACAACUAUUUCCUCUUUAGUCUGGCUUGUUCUGACCUAAUCGUUGGCGUGUUCUCCAUGAAUCUCUACACUGUGUAUGUUGUUAAAGGAUACUGGCCAUUUGGUCCAUGGAUGUGCAACCUGUGGUUGGUUGUGGAUUAUGUGGUCAGCAACGCCUCUGUGAUGAACCUCCUAGUGAUCUGUUUCGACCGCUACUUCUGCGUGACCCGGCCUCUAAGGUACCCAGCCAGGCGUACUGCAAGGUGGGCAGGUGCAAUGAUAGCCACAGCCUGGUUGCUAUCUCUGCUUCUUUGGGCUCCAGCGAUCCUGCUUUGGCAGGUUGGACAGGACGGACACAAGGUCCCAGAGGGCCAAUGUUACAUCCUACUCCUCGCCAACCCUGCUGUAACCCUUGCAACCACCAUCCCUGCUUUCUACAUUCCUGUUGUAAUAAUGAUGGUACUGUACACUCGGAUAUCCUUGGCCAAUCAGAGACGGGUUUGUAAGUUGAAACUUGAAUUCACAAACCUGCUUGAACCUUCCAAGACAAGUGAAGGACUAUGUAAUGAAACCAACCCUGACGUAGUGACUGAUGUUAAACUGGAUGAGACAUCAGUCAGAAAGGAGCGUAUCUGCGGCCUACCUUCCAUAAAGACCAGAAUGGACAACUCUAUAGAUUUGAGCCCUGAUGCAUCUUUGGAAGACCAAAGGUUAGAUGGGGAAACAUCAAGACCGAAGACCUUAACCAAGUGUACGGAGAACCACACUAGUCGCCAGGCUCAACGCUCCGCAUCCAAGGUUCUCCGAGAUGUUUCAAAGUUGGCCAGACGGAAGGCUUUGAGAGAGAGGAAGGUGACUAAGACCAUCCUUGCCGUUCUUCUGGCCUUCAUCUUCACCUGGACGCCCCAUCACGUCAUGGUUCUGAUUGGUACCUUCUGCCGCUGGUGUGUCCCAGAAAUUCUGUGGAUAGUGGGCUAUUUUCUGUGCUACAUCAACAGUAUGAUUAAUCCGGUAUGCUAUGCUCUCUGUAAUGCCACCUUCAAAAGAACAUUUAAACGACUGUUGAUGUGCCAGUUUAAAAAUCUGGGGUUAAAAUGA